AUGCAGCGCAUGCAUCAGCAAAUGAUUAUUCAACAGCAGCACCAGCAGCAGCAGCAGCAGCAGCAGCAACAAUUACUACAGCAGCAACAACAACAACAGGAUAAAGAUAAACAAGAUAAUAAAAAAGAUAAACAAAAAGAAUUACAGGAACUGCAGCAGCAGCAACAUAUAUUAUUACUGCAGCAAGAAAUACAGCAGCAACAGCAACAGCAGCAGCAGCAGCAGCAGCAGCAGCAACAGCAGCAAGAAGAAAUACAUGUAGAGAAAUGGUUUAAUUUACCAUCUAAUUUAAUUCAUCAUGUAUUUGGUAAAGAAACACAAGAAUUAAGUUUCCUUUCUUGUCUUAUACAACAAAAAGAUACUUUUAUACAAACUCUUGCUCCUCUUGUUGGUGCUACAAGGAGAGCAUUAGAAGAAAGAGCGCAACAAUUACAUAAACGAAUGCUUUCUUUUAGGGCAGCAGCAACAGAAUUAGAGGAAGCAGCAGAAAAAUCCGCACUUGCUGAGAUAAGGAAGGCAGAAAUUAGCCGCAAAGCAUUACUAAAUCAAUUGGAGGGUUUACAUGCAGAAUUAACAACCAUCAUCUCUGAACAAAGACAAGCAGAAUCACAAAAUGAUGAUGCCGGUUAG